GAAAGAGUCUCAGGUUUUCUUUUGUUCUCCAUGAUCCACCUUCCAUCCUCCUCCCUCUGUUGUUUGUUGACAUGUUUCCUCCCUGACCUUUGACCUUCUCAUGUAUUUAACGUGUAAAACUCUCACUCAAGAACCUUUCCCUCCCCCGACAGGUCGAUUACGUCAUGAUCGGGAUCAUGCAUUUCUCUGCCGCGGCUGAGCUGUCAAUAUCUUCAUAAUCUGCGCUCCAUCCUCUCUGACACAUGUCCUGUAAAUUAAUCUGAUCCUCACGGCACUGAGCCGCACGCCGCCGCCGCCGCCACUGCACUCUCCAUCCUCUCCGCUAAGAGGCCCAGAUGUUCUCCUAAUUCACUGCCGGAGUAAUGGAGGGAUGAUGGAUGGAGAGAGCGGAGAGUUCAUACCUGCCAAGAGCUGGAGACGGCCGCUCUCAGCCUCAACAGUAAUCUGAACAGCAGCUUUUACUGGCGGGGAAGUAUCGACCGGCUUCAGAUUUAGCCUCUCUCCCAUAAAGCUCUCUCUCUCCCCCCUCCCCCCUCCCUCCCUCCUCUCUCUUCCUCUCCUCCAUGAUGAGCGUAUCGGCGACCGCAUCAUUCCACCCUGCUGAGUUAUCGGGAUCUGAUCGCUGCUGUUCCUGCUCUGUGUCGAAGCUUCCCUGCAGCCUCUCCUGCACCUCUGCUGCCUUAAUUGUUAUUGACUUCAUGUAUUGAGUUUUUAUUUCUGUGACAGUUUUUAUUUUUUUUGUAUUUUUCGCUCCACCUCCGGGGCGUGAGAGAGUCAGAGGAUGUUCUCGUCUUCAUCCAGAAACUCUCUGUUCUCGCCCUGGUCGUCCAUGGAGCAGUCGGACUCUGAAGUGUUGGACAUCAGCACCAAGGUGCAGCUUCAUGGGGUCCUGUGGAAGAGACCCUUCGGACGCCCGUCAGCCAAGUGGUCCCGCAGGUGAGGAGGGGGGUCGGGUCUGAGUCAGGCGACUUUAUCAUCAGGUGGAGAAAUUUGACACUGAGAAACACUUCGUCUCUGCAGCUUAAAAAAAAACGGAUUGGACUUUUAAAUCAUCAAGUUUUUCUCGACCAAUAAUGUAGAUUUUCCUUAAAGCGAGGUGAAAAUUUCCUGACCAGGGAGAGAGAGAGAGAGAGGACUUUACAGUGGUCCAGUUAGAUGUUUUGGAGGAUAGAUCAAGUUUUUAAGUCUAAUCUGUGAGUUCAGAGAAACAAAACUGUUCAUAAUUUUCUAAUAAUGAGCUCAAAAGUUCACAAGAACGAUUUUAAAAGUGAGUCAAGACGACUAAAAGUGACUUUUUAUUUGAAAAAUCAACACUGAAUGUCAGUUUUCUACUUCAAAUCCGCUAUAAAACAUCUUUCAGGACUUUUUCUUUUAAAAACAAAAGUCACAUAAGAAGUAAAGAGCUUUGUUGGUAAAAGUUGAAGUUUCUUUAUGAUGAAACUGAAAUACUCGGUUGACUUUUUGAGUCCUGAAGAGAUAAAAAUAGAUUUCUAAAAACCUGUAGCUGUUUGUCAAAACCGAAUAAACUUAAACUUAAUAAAUCAAGUUUUGAUAAAUCAAGUUUAACAAUCCAGGAAAUAAUCUUUUUGAAAUGAGAUGAAAUGUUUCGCAAAUACAGAAAAUCAGUUUAUGAAGAGUAAACUAAAGAUUUGUUUCACUUACAGAUGUGAAAUUAAACUUUUCCAGGAUAAUAAAACAACAAAAACAUUUUAAUUAAACUGCUGUCUUGUUCCAAAAUGUUUUAUAUUUUUAUUUUAAGUAGAAAAUAGUUUUUUAAAAUAACUUCUGAUGCAAAUCCUCGUUGUUAUAUCACAUGUGGAAGAGAAGCAGUCAGAAAAAUCACUUUUCCUCUUAAUAUUUUUGGAAAACUCGUAUCUGCCAGGAGCCACGGUGAAGAAAUAUGCAGAUUUUUUUUUAGAGAUCUUUAGAAAAUCACUAAACCUAAAAAACAAACAAAUCUGAGUUAUAAAAAUUGACUUAUAUAACUAUAAAAUCAUUAAUCUGAUCAUUCAUUUGUUGUUAGUUACUGGUAUGUGUCAGUUUCCUCAGAUUAGCACAAUAAAAAAAGUCUCAUAAAUGUUUAAUUUUGUGUUCAGACAGUAAAGUUACCGGAGCUGGUUCUGGUUCUGGUUCUGAGUGGUCAGACCUCCCUUCAUCAUUUUCCUCUCAUUAAUCUAAAAAAACAUCUACUGUGCUUUAAAGCUCCUCUGAGGAACUUUUGUUUUGUGUUGGCGCCCCCUGUGGUCAAAGCAGCUUUUGCUUAUCUUGUCCUUCACAUCCUUAAAUAGUGUCCCGCUGACUUUUGACUGUCUGACAGAUCAUUUAUUAUGAAUAUUUUAUGAUUAACAAAAAACCUUCACAGGAGCUUUAAUGUCUGGAUAAAAACUCCCUACAGGAGCUUUAAUUUUCAGAAAUCAAACUUCAGUGUUUUGUGUCAGAAAUACGGUGAAUUUUAUCGUCAGUUUUGUCGUUCAGUGAAGUAGAAGUUGUGUUGAUGUAAAAUCAGAUCACAGGUUUUUUAAUAACCUCCUGCAGCGUCGGUGUUUCCUGAUCUGAAUGUGUUUUUGGACGUUCAAAUGUCUGGAUCGUCCCUCACAUCUCUGUAAUGCUCUUAGUUUACAUAACCGCUAAAGCAGCGACCAAACCAGGCGGGUCCAGAGAGUCCAUUUGCGGCGCCGUCUUGGUCAGCAGAGUUCAUGAACGCUCAGACUCGGCGGUGACCUUCAAAAUAAGAUUGUAAAAUAAUCUGACACCACAAAGAUGAAAUCUGGAUGAUACUGGGCGUCAGAAACGAGCCAUAAUCUAGAUUAAUAUUAAAGGGUCAUUUCGGUUUAAUCACCAUGUAAAGCUGGUGGAACCAGGACCAACACUGGCACCAUUAAUACGCCCAGUUUUUCCUGCGUUACCAAAGACCCACUACGUCUACGGAGUCAGUUGCGUAAAUCGCCCUCGGGUGAUUUCUCUUAACCCGAAUGAUUUUUCUGUGACUGCAUUUUCACUGCCGGCUCUGUCAAAUAUGUCAAACUGAUCGGCUGUGAGGGCGGAGAGCUGAUUCUAGUCACAUCAGACUUUUGUUAUAAUGAAAACCUCACAAAAAAUCCUUCUGUUUAGAUUUAUAUUAAUAAAAAUAAAAGAAGAAACUAAAAGUGACGAAAAACUCAAAGUUCCAGGAGCAAAAAUACAACAACACUCAUGUAUAAAUAUCUUUAAUUGGUCACCAUGUUGGAUUAGGAUGUAAAUUAGUGUGUCAUCGGCAUAACGGUGAAAUUUUCUAUUUACGGAUGAUGUUACCGAGAGGAUGUGAGUAAAUAUAAAGAGAGUCUGACCCAGAACCGAACCCUGUGGACCCUCAUACGAGAAGUUUGCUGUUGAUGAUAAUGACGCUGCAGUUGUCCAGGUCCAAUACAUCAGAACACAUCCAUGAGAAGGAAGAUGUAACCCCCCUCGUACACAAAGCUUCAUCCGUGUUGAAAGUUAAAAACCUCUCUUUGAAAACAACAAACUAAAAGUUAAGUUUGUAAAAGAACUGCAGUUUUUAAUCUGGUAUUCGUAGCACGUUUGUAGCUCGAUCCACUCCUCCUGACUCGCCUCAUCAUCAGGGUGUCAAAUUCUGCUUCUCUGUGAAGUUUGAAGCCUCUGAUCUCAGGCGUGAAAUAAACCUGCAGAGAAAAAAAAGCAGAAACUCUGGAUUUAAAGGCGGUCACUUUCCGCCCCUCAGGACCGACUCUCUGCUGCUCUCAUGGUCCUCCUCUGUUCGCAGGUUCUUCAUCAUCAAAGAUAGUUUCCUCCUCUACUACGCCGAGGGCGAGAAGAGGAACUUUGAGACCAACAGGUACUUCAACAUCCACCCAAAGGUGAGCGGCUGCAGCUUCACUGAACACCUCUCAGGAUGGUUUUUCUUUAACGGAGGGUUUUUAUCAGGGAUGUGUUUCUGUCUCAGGGAGUCAUCCCUCUGGAAGGAUGUGUGGUGUCAGCCAACGACAACUUGGGGAUGCCCUUCGCCAUCGUGAUCAACCUGGAGGACUUCACAGUAAGAUAACGCCCUGACUCCAUCUUUUCUGAGGGUUUAAAGAAGAGACAGAGGUGCAGAUGGAUAAAUAAGGAGUGAAAAAGAAGAGUACCUCUGCAGGAUCCAUCUUUAUACCUGUGAUCCUGCAACAAAAGAGACACGAAAUACAGAGAAUCGACCUGCACAGACCAUCAACUCUGUUAUAACUGUUUAUGUGUAUCUAUGAAUAAAACUUCACCUCAAAGCAGGUAGAGCUGUCGUCUAAUAACUGGAAGGUUGGCGGUUCAAUCCCCGCCCUGUCCCUCGUCUGUCUGUUGUUUCAAGACACUUAACCCUCCUUUCUCUCAGUCUGUGUGAGUGAAUGAAUGAUGGAUCUAAUAAAAAAAGGCACUUUGAGGGUCUCUGUUAAAGUGCUCUAAAAAUCUGAUGCAUCAUUAUUAUUCUUCUAUCCCUGCAGCAUCAGUCUGAAGUUUGUAUUUUUUUACAGUCUAAAACCUUUAAUGAGGAUCUGCUGACGUGAAGGUUUCUCCUCUUCCUCCUCAGGGAACCAUCGUAGUCGCUGCAGAGUCUGAGGAGGAGCAGGUCCAGUGGAUGGAGAUGCUGCACGAGUCCGGGAAAGUGUGAGUGUCAGACGGAUAAAUCCUUAUUUUUUUUAGUUUCAAAUCUUUUUAUUAUCAUAUCUUAUGCCACAUACAAUACAAACAAUGAGCCCGCCUGCCCACCUCCAGCUCCACACAUGCCCAAAAGACAUGGAGCAGAAGAAAAUGAGUUUGAAGAAGAGAAAACAAAGGUAGUAGGCGAGCUAGAUGAGAUCUAAAUCUUGAGCUUCUGAAAUUUUUUUGAUUGUUAUUAAAAAUAUUUUUAUUUAGACAUAAAAAAACACAGAAAUAAGGAUGAAGAGUUUAUUUUAGGUGGAUCCAUGAAUGUAUUCUGUAAAAACUAAUGAUGACUAUAAAUCAAGAGGAGAUUAAAGACGUGAAACUGACAGUAUCACUUUAUCAGGAUUCAUCCUCUGGGGACCAUGAAUGUCAGGAUAAACUGUCAUGGUCACACAUUCAACAGCGGUUAAAUACUCAACCUGGACCACAAAUGUCAGCUCGGAGGAUCACCACAGUUGUUAUUGUUAUUCUGUUUGUACAAAAGUAGAGAUAAAAUAAUGACAAAUUCAAAACAAAGAAGUUCAAUGAAACUGUGCAGGAGAGGAAAGAAGCUCUUAAGGGUUUAAACAGAAUCCUCCCCAUCAGUACGAGUAAAUUAAAACAUCCUGAAUCUGAAACAAUAUAACAAGAAAAUAAACUAAAUGACAAGAAAAUAAAGAAACAUGCAACAAAAAAAUAAAAAUAAAACACAAACAUAUAAAAAGGAUAAACAGUCUGAAUGUGUUCUGUAAAUCUGUGUUUUACUUUUCUUCAGGACGUGGAAAAACGCUCAGCUGGGCGAGGCCAUGAUCGAGAGUCUGGAGGCUCAGGGUCUGCAGCUCGCCAAGGAGAAGCAGGAGUAUCUGGGUAAACUCAGAAACCACCUGAUUUAACCAACGCUCUGAAGGUCAAAGAGGUCAAAGUUCAACGUUUUUUCUUCUCUCUGCAGAUAAACUGAUGGAGGAGACGGAGGAGCUGAGUCACCAGAGAGCGCAGAGAGAGGUGAGGACCCCUGUGAACGUCAGUCACAUGACCUUUAGAAACAGGAAGUGUUGAGGAUGACGUGUUUGUGUUUGUGUUUGCAGGAGCUGGAGCGUCUGAAUCAGGUCCUGGAGGACGAGAAGAUCAAGUUUGAGGAGGUGGUGAUGGAGCUGAAGGCGGAGCAGGAGCAUAUCAAACUGUAAGAACACGGAUAUCCUCCUCUAACAUGAGCUGAUUCUGCGAUCGAUCAGUUUUAAUAUUGAUCAUCUGUGUGUGUCGACGGCAGAGACCUGGACGGUACGGCUCAGUCCCUCAAAGGCGUGGAGAGCGAGAAAGAAGAGCUGAGCAGUUUGACCAUCAUGCUGCAGAAAUCCAUCGAGGUACGAGGAGAAAAAAAAGAGUUAAACUUUAAGCUGAGGCGUGCAGCUUAAAUCUAAACCCUCACUGAAGUCCUAAACCUGAUCCGUGUCCCUGUUUCUGUCUCUCAGGAGCUCUCUCAGGAGAAGCAGAGGACUCUGGAGCUUCUGGGGGUGAAGGAGGAGAAAGGAGCGACAGAGACGAGCGAGGAGAACUCGGCCUGCAGGACGUCUGAGGGCGGAGAGGAUCCUGGAGACGUGGACCUGCUGCAGGACCUGAAACACAUCGAGGAGCAGAUGAAGAUCCUGCUGACGGAGAAGGAGGACGCGGAGGACAAGUGAGUGACAGACCCGGAGCUCUGAAACCAGAUCUUCUUUAUAAGUUUAGGAGACCAGGAUCGCUUAGAAACUCUGAUCAUCUACAGCAGAACAAAAACUCGAACCUGAAGAACCAAGAGGCUGAAAUGAGGAUUCAGGUUUCAGCUUCAAACGGUCCGACACUCGGACCUUUCAGGGAGAUAAUGGCACACAGGAUGAACGAGUGGAAAUGUGUAUUGAUCCUGAACGAGCAGCUGAUUGAUCAGCAGCAGUAAGAGGGAUAUUACAGGCGGCUGCUGCUAUCGACUGUGAAGCACUCAUGUUCUCUUUCCAGCUCUAAGUUUUCGAUGUAUAGAUGUAUGUUUCCAUGAGCUCUGCGGUCAACUCCACCUCCUCUUCCUCCUCUUCUCAGAAAUCCUCUCUGUGGAAACGUUUCAAAACCGUUAUCAAAGUCCUCCAACAUCAGAAACACCAAACUGAAACUGGACGACAAAAACUGCUGCAAAGUUUUCUGUUAAAAUCCAGAUUUUUAUGAGAAAAACUCAAAAUCUGAGGAGGAAACUUCUGCAAAAUCUGAGUUACAACUUCAGUUAAAAAUACAAAAUUUUAUAGGAGGGAAUCAAACCAUCAACCUUCCAGUUGUUGAACAGCUGCUCUACCUCCUGAGCUACUGCUGCCCCAGAGUUAUUCAGUUAUUCAGUUGUUUCUGCAGCAUUUACAUGUCGGCCUCACAGUGGAUAAAGAUUCAGAUCUUCUUCUUGGGUUUCAUCAAUAAUAAAAUAGAUAAAAUUUAAGAUUAUUAUUCUUGUUCAUUAUUGUUUUCCAAACUGAAUCUCUUAAACAGUAAGUGAGAUGAAACAAGAAGUCACUCAGAGUAAAAAAAUGAAGAUCAUACCAAAAAAAGAUCCUUAAAACUGAGUUUGAAGAAUAAAAAAACUUUAAUUGUGGAGCGGACAGAUGGCCAAGCAGGUUAGUGUGCCCCAUGCAUGAGGACUGUGGUCAUCGCAGUAGUCACGGGUUUGAGUCCAGCCCUGAACAUGUGCUGUGUGUCCCUAUCCUAUCAAUACAGGGCAAAAAUCACCCAAAAAAUACUGAAAAAAAGAGAAAACUUCAACUGUUUUAACAAAAUUAAGUUCAUGUUGUUUCAAAACUAAAGUUUAUUCUGUAAUAAUCAACAUAUUUGUGCAGUAGGUGACGUACAGUAUGUUGAAGCUGAUAUAGAUAAUAUAAAUAUGAACCAAAAAUUAAUGUGAAUUUCACAGAAGAAAAUGUGUAAAUUAGUUUAAAAGGUGGAGCACACUGCAGGGUAAAUUAAUUCAUAUUUUAUUUCUUAAUUUCACAGUAAAAAGUGAUUUUUAUUGAGUAGAUCAUGUGUUUUUGUUCUGCUCUAAGUGGUUAAUAUAGUUUGCACAAAGAAAAGUAUGAACUGCAUGAACGUUAAUAUUUAAGUCAGCUGAAAGGAGGUGUGUAUUACAGAGAGAAAGACAAUAGAUGAUGAUAUAUCACUGUGAAAAACAAAAAAUGUAAAUUAGCAGGAAAUUUUAAAAAAUAUUUGAUAAAGUUGCAGAAAUGACUAAAGAGUGAGGACAUGAGUUUGAGGUCGUUCACUAACAAACCAGGUCAGUUCUUUUUUUCUCCCUCUCGUCUGUUUUCACUUUGAAAUGACUUUGCAGGUUUGUGUGUGUUUGUGUGUUUGUGUGUGUUCAGCUCAGUGAGCAGGAAUAUCUGCAGUCCUGACAGUGAAGGGCGUCUGACCUCUGUGUUUUAUUCCUGCAGUUCUCCCUCAGGUCUCCUCUCUGCUGUGUGUUUCUGUGUUUCAGUUUUCUUCUCGUUUGUGUUUCAGGCUCAGAGAGAACGAGCAGCGGGCCAAAGUCCUGCAGCAGGAGAGAGAGUUUUACUCGUCUCAGGCUCGGACGCUGCAGCAGUCGCUCUCUCAGCUCACUGCAGACAAACGGCAGACGGAGGCCGAGCUGAAGGUAAGGCGGCGUGACUCAGCUGAUACACGACAACACGAUAGGUCACUGCAGAGGUCACCGUGUUUGGAUAAGUUUGAUUAAGAGUCACAAAGUUUUCUUGUUAACUACAUUUAUUUUAAUCCUGCAGAUUCAGUCAAAACAAACAAAAGAAAAAAACACUUUUAGUGACACGGCAGCAAAUAAAAUCAAAUAAAAUCAUCAAAAAUAACUCAGAAAAAAGCAAAGAGGUAAACUAAUGCUUCAUGUAUUGUUAGAUGUGUAAUAAGUCGUAUCAUCAUGUCUUAAAGCCUCCUGUCGUGUUUUGUGUUUGUCUCAGGCGGAGAUCGAGUCUCGGGUGGAGCUGGAGAAGAGGCUGAAGCAGGCGGAGCAGGCUCUGCAGGACCUGGAGAAAGGCCUGAACUCUCUGGAGAGGACCAAAGAGAGAGACGAGAAGAUGAAGGGAGACGUGACCCAGCUGAGGAGUGAGUGAAAAACACGAGAACUUUACACCUCACCUGUCUGCUGUAGAGCGGGGAGGUUAUUUUAAUUUGAUGGUGAAGUUAUGAAGACCAGAGAGAGACAGUGUGGAUGCUGUAAUCUGUCCUGUGUGGCUGCCCUCUUGUGGACAGAGAAGGUAUUACAGGUCAGCUUUGGAGGAGCAGUUUGAGCACAAAUGAGAUAUAUUUGAUUAAACUAAGAAAACCAUCAGAGUUUGAGGAAGUUCAUGAACGAGUUUACAGAAAAAUGUCCUUUUUGGAUGUUCUACUGUUUUAUUAUUAGUUUAUGUAAAACAGAGCAUGUUGAUGUGUGCUUUUCUGGACUUUUUCACAAAAACACCAAGGUCUAAAUGAGGUCGUUUAGUCGUGUUGGAUGAAAACAGCAGCAGAAGUGUGUCUCCUGCAUCCCCUGGCGCUUUAAUAACUGCGUGUUUGCUGUGUUCGUGGUGUUCAGGGUUCUUCGAGGACUGUAUCUGUGCCGCAGAGAUCGAGGCGAAGCUCCCGGCCAUCAUGAAGAACGCCGUGUAUCUGCACAAAGCUGCUGCUCGCCGGAUCAAGAGCUGCAGGAUCCAGAGGAGAGCCUCCAGACGCCACUGGUGUAAGUGUGUGUAAUAACAUCAGAGCAGAUCCCACCCUGAAACAUGAAUAUUUAAUGACUGACUUCAUCUGUGGACCAGCCAUACUCUGGAAACAUGUAUGAAGAGCUAAAAUGUUUUUCUCUGUUCUCAAUCCUUCUUUCCGUCCUUUUUGCAGUAAAACACUCAAAGUCGUUCGCUGUUGCCCCUGACGACGACAGUAACAUUGAGGAGCUUCGGGAGACGGCCAAACGACUGACGUCCGACAGCAACUUCAGAGAGAGCGUGUACGAGAUCAUCACGCGCAAAGACCCGACAAAUAAGUUAGAGAACUGAGGGGAGAGAGAG